AUGGCAACAGGGUUUCCGAAAUUCAUACAUUCAUUAUUAGAACCAGUUCCUCAGUAUGUAAUUGGCUGUUUACCAGCCUUAGCCAUAGUAGGCGCAUCACCGAUAAAUAAGUUUAGUUAUAAACUAAUAUGGAUAUUUCGAUGUCUCGGUUGCCCAUUUAUGGGAGUUUUUUCAGCCGUUAACAUAGGAGGUGAUAAAAGAUCACGCUGUUUAUUCUGGCUUUCCUCUGAUUAUUUUGAAAUAAGAGGAUCACCAUCAACUUCACCAAAAUGUAAACCUAUCGGAUUUCAUGCUAUGAAAGUGAGCAUGUAUCAAACUAUGGAUACAAUAGAUAAAAGCAUAGACUUAUGCACAGCAAGAGCAUCAGUUUUAGAAAGAUUUUCAUCAUUAGUAUCAGCAUAUUAUAUAUUGGUCGGUAUUAUAGCAGGAAUUUCCAGGGCUUUAGGUGCAGUUUCCUGUCAAGAUUGGCCAUACAUACCUAUAUUAUUGUCCUGGACAAUUCCAGCACUUUUUAGAAGAGCAUUUUCAGGAAAUUUAGUAGUUAAAGAUCCUAAGAAGAUGUUUCGUAAAAUAAAAAUAGUUUUGGAACCGAAAAGUUCGGAAAGUGGUGAUCAACAUUUUAUCGUAACGUUAACCGCUUUUGCAUCGAUUAUUUUACCUUGGACUGCUUUACUUCUGGCAUACUUAACACCUCCAGUCGGUUACUUUUGUCGGAGCAAAUAUAUCACGAUAAUCUGUGGUAUAUGGUCGCUUAAUAGUUUUAUAGCAUUUAUAAGCCAUUGUGUUGGAGAAAAAAACUUACGUAGUGGAUUUCUUCAUGUUUGGUUUGCUUUUUGGGGUGUUAUAAUAGCAAUCCUUUUACUUGCCCUAGCUAUACUUACUGAAAAUUAUAUUUGGUGGAAUUUAUUUGGAAAAUCUUGCGAUAUUUCAAGUAUUGGUUGUUGA